UACUAUAUUCCUAAAGCGGCAGCAGCAGCAAGCAGCGCAGCAAACGCAAAAGCAAGCCAAGCCGCGCAAGGAAUAUCGUAAAGUAGCUUGCAGUGGCCACCGCGAGCGAUUUGCGUUUUUCGCAUUCAGUCUCUCUGAGAGCAGCAGUCGCGUGUGACAUAUAGUAUAGUAGCCAGACCGACGACGAGUCGCCAAGAGUUCGAAGAAAUGGCUCCACGCAAAAAUGCAAAGAGGACUGAAACUGACGCUGCUGAUUCUCCAGCAGAAAAUAAUGAUGUUUCUGCUCCCAAAAAGAGCAAGAAGCAAGCAGUAGAAGAAGCAGUCGUCAGAGAACCCAGGUUACCAAGGGCUGCUAAAAACAAAAAACCGGAACCGGAACCAGCACCGGUCAAAGCUGCACCCAAACCUCGCGCUGCCAAAAAAACCGAUGCAGAGAAAAAGACUGCUGCCAAAAAGUCAAAGAAGGCUGAGGCUGAAGAUGAAGAGCCAGAAAAGAUGGAGGAGGAUGAAGAAGUGGAAGAAGCUAAGCCAGCCAAAAAGUCCAAAGGAAAAGUAGCAAAGAAAGCUGAUAAAGCUGACAAAGAAGAAGUGUCUGAUGAUGCAAAAUCUGAAGACAAAGAACCAUCACCAGUUCCUACUAAAAAAGGCAAAGGCAAGGCAGCAAAAUCUGAAGCAGCACCCAAAAAAGGUAGAGGGAAGAAAGAAGUUAACGAAGCUCCAGCAAAUGACUCAGAUUCCAAAGAAGAGGCUAAGGAGGGAGCUGAUGAAGAAUCUGAAUCGAACGGAGUAGAAGAUAAGGAAGAAGCCGUUGAAAAUGGCAAGGAAGAAUCAGAGGCUAAACCAGCCAAAAAAAGCAAAGCAGCAGCGAAAGCCCCAGCCAAAAAAGGAAAGAAAGGCAAAGCUGCCUCUGCUGAAGCAAACGGCGACAAAGAAGAGGAGGCUGAGACGGCUAACAGCAGCCACUAGUUGUUUAAGAAAUUUUAAUUUCGAAUUUUUUUAAUUUUACUUUUUACAAUAUUGAAGCCACGUUGAUUAAUAUCAAUAAGAUAAUUUUUGUAUUAUUAAUCAUAGUAAAAAUGUUUCAUUUUUAUUUAAACCGUUUGAUUACUCAUAUUACAUGAAGUGUAAAUGAUAUACAUUUGUCUACUAUGUGUAAUUAUUAUAUAGCUGUAAAGAACUCACGUUUUGUACUUUUAAAUACAACGUACUGUUUACUAAAAUAAAAGUAUUUAUUUGAUUUCGAA